AAAGAAAGAAGGGUUAGCAAAGAUAUUAAUUAAAGCUAAACAUAAGAUUAGAGGCGUGUCGUAUAAUACGUAUAAGCUUGAUCCCUUCCGAUGAAAGAAAUCCAUGAGUACCUACCUUCGUUCUCUCUUCCUCCUACACCAACCACUGGUACAGGUUUAACAAUAAAGGCCAUCUAUCUGUGAUCACUUUCAGUUUCAAUAGUCUGGUGUAGAAUAUCUUGAGAAUUGAACGCCUAUUACUGAAUCUGGAACUAGCAAAUCUUUGAGUCAUUGUCUUCUUGCGCGAAAGGGAAUAGAAAUAAACAGUCCGAAAGUCGUCAUUAGAGUUUGACUCUACUACUUAUAACCAAUCACGCAAUCUAGCUUAGUUCCGGUCCUGGUGCCUUUUGUGGAGUUUUAAGAACAUUAAGGCCUGCUUUCAUGAUGAAAUUGUUUACAUUCCGAGGGCUACCAUGGAGCCCCAGUAAUGGUAGCCGUGAAAAGGUUGAAUUAACAUCCGCAGAAGUAGAGUCUCUUCGAUCAGAACUUGCUGAUUUAGAAGAGAAGGAAGCUCAAUUAAAAGCUCAGUUGGAAAAUAUUGAUGAAAUUUUACGAUCAGCUCGUCUAUCUGGAUAUUUGUACAUCCGAACUAGAUGGGCGGCACUUCCGGGAGAAACUCCACCUAUUGAUGAUACCGAUGUAGAUGAUUGGCUUCCUCGCUUCGUUGUUCUUCAGGGUGAAUGUCUAUUCUUAUAUUUGUUGUGUACAGACUUAAGUCCUCAAGACUCGACGCUUCUAUCUGACAUUAUUGAAGUAAACCAAUUACCAAGUUUUAAGCGUGAAGAUAGUGAGAUGAGAUACGCCUUUUGUAUUUUAACUCGACAUGGAUUGCGAUAUGAAUGCUCAAGCAGUUCUAAGAUACAGGUGGACUCGUGGUUAUCGGCUCUACAAUCUGACUGCAAACUGGAAUCUGAUACAUCAACUUCCAAUGGUUCAAUAUAGAUGAUGUAACAUGUUUUACUCCUUGCUUGGGGAAUUUGGGAUGGCAUGAAAGAUAAACUAAGUGUGUAAAUAUGAAACUAAUGCCUUAACUAUUUCUCCUUGUACAUACAACAGCAUAAGUAACUGAAUAGAGACUGAUGAUUAAUUGGUCACUUCUGACUCA